AUGGGCACGCUGAUGACAGUAAGUGAGAUGUUGCCUGUGAAACAGGGCUUGGCAUCCUUGCUGCCCAGCACCCAAGAUGUACCUGUAUGUGCCAGCAUGUACUCUGUGUGUGGCACUCAGACCCAGCGCCCAGCCCCACCACGCAGGGAUGCAGAAGAAGCAGCCCGUGGAUGGGAGAAGCACCGUGCCUCGCUGUGGCACUCAAACUCAAACCCAUACCUUGCAGCAGGUGGAGCCACAGCAACAGUGCUGGAGGAUAUUGCUUUUCCAGUUGAAUUUGCGUGGGGUGCAGCUACAGCAGCAUAUCAAAUUGAAGAAGGCUGGAAUGCAGAUGGAAAGGGCCCUAAUGUCUGGGACAUAUUCACUCAUCAGGGAGGAGAUGGAGUUUUCAAGAACCAGACUGGUGAUGUAGCUUGUGGCAGCUACACUCUGUGGGAGGAAGAUUUGAAAUGUAUCAAACAGCUUGGAUUGACUCAUUAUUGCUUUUCUCUUUCCUGGUCACGUCUGUUACCUGAUGGGACGACAGGUUUCAUCAACCAGAAAGGUUCUUUGUGA